GAUAAUCCUAUAGUUGCCAUGCUUUUCGAAGGGUUAAAUAACAUUUUAUUGCGUAUGAGACCCAAAAUCCCUUAAAUAUCUUUCGAACGAGUUCAGUUUCUUCAGUUGACGACGUUUCAUCGUUAGAUAAAAAUGGGCGAAUUGAGCGUGAACGGCGAGAACUCCGAGAAGACCAGAAACGAGACCAUCACAGACAAGGACUUGCCCCUGAGUUUCGUCGAUAACAGGCAUUUAGGGCCUAUUAUCGGCACCGAUUGUAUCACCCACAUGUGGAGGAUGAAAGAAAGGAUGAAAACGGUCAGCGUAGCCUUGGUGUUGUGUUUGAACGUCGGAGUCGACCCUCCUGAUGUGGUUAAGACUCAACCGUGCGCCAGAGAAGAAUGCUGGAUAGAUCCGACCAAAAUGACGGCUUCGAAGGCUCUGGAAAAGAUCGGACAAAACCUUCAAACGCAGUACGAAAGAUGGCAGCCCCGAGCCAGGUACAAACAAUCACUGGAUCCCACAUCGGAGGAAGUAAAAAAGCUGUGCACUUCUCUGCGAAGGAACGCCAAAGAAGAGAGAGUAUUAUUCCAUUACAACGGACACGGCGUGCCCAAACCGACUUCGAACGGAGAAAUAUGGGUGUUCAAUAGGACUUACACGCAAUACAUUCCUCUAUCCGUCUACGAUCUACAAACGUGGAUGGGAGCUCCGUCGAUCUACGUCUACGAUUGCUCGAAUGCCGGCAUCAUAGUGGACUCGUUCAAACAGUUCGCCGCCCAGCACGAGUCCGAGUACCAGCAAUCGUUGACUCAACAAUCGAAAACCGCCAAUCAAACGCCUUGUUUCAAGAAUUGCAUCCAAUUGGCCGCCUGCGGGGCCAACGAGGUGUUGCCGAUGAAUCCCGAUCUGCCCGCCGAUUUGUUCACCUCCUGUUUGACCACGCCGAUCAAGGUGGCUUUGAGAUGGUACGUGUUACAGCCCACGUCGAAAUUGAUGCCUCGAGUGAAUUUGGAUCUGGUCGAUAAAAUACCCGGACAGAUAACGGAUCGAAGGACCAUGUUGGGCGAGUUGAAUUGGAUUUUCACCGCUAUAACGGACACCAUAGCUUGGAAUACUUUACCGAGAGAAUUGUUUCAAAAAUUGUUCAGGCAGGAUUUGCUGGUGGCCAGUUUGUUUAGAAAUUUCCUGUUGGCCGAAAGGAUAAUGAGAUCGUGCGAUUGCACGCCCGUGAGCAGUCCGGCGUUGCCUCUGACCUAUCAGCACCCUAUGUGGAACGCUUGGGACUUGGCCUUGGACCUCAGCUUGGGACAGUUGCCUGGGAUAAUUCGCAAUAACGAACCGUUCAGGCAUUUGCCCUUCUUCGAGGAACAGCUGACCGCCUUUCAAGUGUGGUUGGAAUUGGGUUCGGAGGAGAGAAAUCCACCCGAACAGUUACCGAUCGUGUUGCAAGUACUUCUGAGCCAAGUGCACAGAAUGAGAGCGUUGGAAUUGCUCGGGAAAUUCCUCGAUUUGGGUCCUUGGGCCGUGAAUUUGGCUCUGUCGGUUGGUAUAUUUCCCUACGUGUUGAAACUACUCCAGAGCUGCGCCAAAGAAUUGAGGCCGCUUUUGGUGUUUAUUUGGGCCAAAAUUCUAGCCGUAGAUAACACUUGUCAAUCGGAUCUCGUACGAGAUAACGGCCACAAAUACUUCCUAUCCAUUCUGCAAGAUACGAGUUUACCCGUAAGUACUCAAAAUUCGACCGGAUUAACCGGAUUCUAUCGAUCGAUCGAUACCCAUUUCCAGGCCGAAUACCGAACGCAAGCCACCUUCGUGCUGGCCUGCAUCGUCAGCAAUUUCCACGACGGCCAGGAGGCCGCCCUGCAGGGCUCCCUCGUCAGCGUUUGCCUCGAACAAUUGAACGAUCCGUCGCCGCGGCUGCGCCAAUGGGUGGCCAUUUGCCUCGGCCGGCUGUGGGACCACUACGAAAAGGCCAGAUGGACGGGCGUCAGGGACAUCGCCCACGAGAAGUUGUACAAUCUAUUGAAAGAUCCCGUGCCGGAGGUGAGAGCGGCUGCCGUUUACGCUUUGGGAACGUUCGUGAAUUCGGUGAUGGAACGUUCGGAUCACGCCAACAACGUCGACAACGCCGUCGUGAUGACGUUGGUGAAUACCGUGAUGGGCGAUAUGAGUUGCAUGGUGAGAAAGGAGCUGGUCAACGCUUUGCAAUGGGUGGUGUUGACGUUCGAACAGCUGUUCGUCAAUUUGGCGGUGAAAGAACAGACGAACGUAUCGCCCGGACAGGAUUGCGCCAGUCCCGGCGGUAUGAGACGAAUGGGCAGCAGAGAUAAAUUAAAGAUGGGCGACUACGAUUCGAUGGAGAGAAUGAAACGGGUGUCGUCGAGUUCGGCCAUCAACAGCAUCUGUUUGAAUCACCAAUCGACGGGCGUACAUUAUUCGGGCAGCCUCAGCACGUUGUCGAGCCUGAGCUACGGUUCGGUGUACAUGAAAAUCUGGUCGGCCCUGAGCACUUUGGAGGGCGAUCCGCAUCCGGAGGUGGCGCAAAUGUGUUGCACCGUCACCUCGCACGUCAGGAACAUCGUCAAGGAACAAUGGGAGACGGUGAGCGCGCACGGCCUGAGCAAUUCGAGCCUCAGCCUGCCGCCGAGCCCGAACAAGGGCGGCUAUUUCGGGGGCGAGAGCCCGCCGACGGGCGGCGAUGGGGCGGCGGCGCCGAGAUUGGCGCGAUCGCAGCACAGGACGCGGCGUCUGCGCCGUACCGUCGACGAGGGGGAGCCGAAGGUGCCGUUUUGCAGGAAGCCGUUGGUGCGGACGCGGUUCGUCGAAUGGUCGUCCAAGUAUUUCGCCCAAUCGAAUUUGCGGGAGAAAAUCGCCGGCGACAGGGAGUCGAGUUGUUACUACGAGAGAGAUUGGAGAAGGGCCAGGAACGAUAACAUACGAAUGGAAGCGUCGGAGGAACAUAGAAGAACGUCAUCGUCUAGAAUUGAAACGCAAGUGUUUCACAUUAGAACGGCCGUGCCUCCUUCCAUAUUGGAAUUGCAUCCGUUCGAUCAGCAAAUAGCCAUUGCUGGAAACGACAAUUUCGCGAUAUUCGAUUGGGGCACUGGAGCGAAGACCACAUCGGGCCAAAUAAAAUCCACCAAAUCGACGUCGAACAGCAAAAUCACCUCGUUGCAAUGGAUCAACAGCCACGAUUUGGGAAUGUUGAUGGUGGCCUCCGACGAUGGGGCAGUCAAAUUGUGGCGACCCAAUACAGGCCAAAGUCGGGAGCCUUCACUCGUCACCGCCUGGCAGGCUUUCAGCGAAUUGAAACCGAAAUAUUCAGGUAUCGAAAUGACGUGGGAACAAUGGACUCAAACGUUGAUCACCGCCGGCGAUUCGAGAGCGAUCAGAUUUUGGGACGCCGAAAAGGAGAUGAGGGCCUUCGAUUUGCCUUUGGGUACCGAUAGUUCGGUGACGUGCAUAGACUCCACCUUUUCGAGCGUGUCGCACGAGAAUCGAAAAAAGUACCGCGUCGACGGCGACGCCGACGCCUUGAAGGGCGUCGAUUAUUCGUCUAACGGACCCAGAUCGGGUUUGUGCGCCGUCGGUUGCGUCGACGGUUCGGUGAGAUUGUUCGAUCGACGGUGUAGCCAGAACGAUGCCAGAGUGAAAGUUUGGCUGGAACAUCCGGGUAGGGUGUUGACGGUGCAGCUCAGAGAUAACAUCGUGAUUAGCGGAAGUUCAUCCGGAGACGUUAGAAUAUACGAUAUUAGAAAAAACGAUUCGAUUCAUACGACUCAAGCCAUCCUCAAUUGCGGCAUGUCCUGCAUGUCGAUCCAUCGAACAGCAAACACCUACGCUUGCGGUUCCGUGAACCAGUUCAUCAGCGUGUUCACGCUGAAAGGCUCCGCUUUGAACACGAUCAGGGCCUACGAGGGUUUCAUGAGCCACAAAAUCGGACCGGUGACCUGUCUGAAUUAUCAUCCGCACAAAGUGGCGCUCGCCGCCGGGACGUCCGAUUGCUGCGUCAGCGUCUAUUGCUUGGAGGCGAAGAGGUGACGGGAUUCGCAGCCCUAGGCUUCGUUGUGGGGCCUGUUGGGCUACUAUUAGGCGAUAAUCGAAGACGGACCGGCGGGGAACUGCUUCGAAAAGGGUGUUGAAGCUUCUGGAAAU